AUGGCUCAGUACAAGGGGUGGGACUCCUCUGAUGCUCCCUCCCUUUUGAUUCUCCAGGCUGUCCUGCUUGCCGGCGCGCACGUCUCCCGCCCUCGACCAAUGCGAGACACCCUCAAGGCGGCCUUCUUUCGGCGAGCGAAGCUCCUUUUCGAGGCCAGGGUGGAGCGGAACAGGGAUAUCAUGGUCCAGGCAGCCCUCCUGCUUACCUGGUAUUCGGACCCGGUGGACGACGACGUCGCCGCGAACGCUCAUUACUGGGUAGGCGUCGCCGCAAGGAUAGCUACGGGGCUAGGGAUGCACCGGAACUCCGGGUCCAGCAUAUUCGUUCCUCACGACAAACGGAUGUGGCGCAGAGCAUGGUGGAUUCUUGUCCAGUUUGAUGUCAUGGUCUCCCUGCAGUACGGCCGUCCGCAGGCCAUCAACCUGGACGACUGCGACGUCGAGCCGUUGAGGGAGGCAGACUUCGAGGGUUGCGGCAACAACAUCCAAAAGGACUACGUGAUACAAUUCACCGAGCUGUGCUGUAUGAUAUCCUUCAUUGUCCGCGAGCGCUUUGGUCUGCGCAUUGCCCCCGAACGGCGCAAGAGCAUCCUCUCCGAAGCUGACAAGGCAUUGGCAAACUGGUCUAUCAAGUUGCCUGAUACGGUUCGCAUGUCCACCUCGGACAUGCACGCCUGGCCCGCCCUGCUCCAUCUCACAUACAACAACUUCCUCAUCCUGCUGCACCGUCCUCACCCGCGCGCCUCAGCAGACUCCUACGCUCACAACGACGCAGAGAUAUGCAGUGCCGCCGCAGGAGUGAUUGUGUCUAUCUUUGAGGAGCUCCGCGAAAAGGACCGCGUCAAGUAUCUGUGGUCGUCCGCCGUUAACACGCUGUUCACAGCCAUGAUCCAGAUCAGAGUGGAAUUGCGCUUUUCCAACCCGGUGCUUGCAAUCAAUGCCCUGCGCCGAUUUGACUCCACGCUCCUCCAAGCGGCUCAAGUACGAUAUGCAAAUGGUCAAGUCGAAGCAAACCAAUGCUAG